GAUGCCCGGCACCGUUUCCUUCAGCGUUCACACUGAGGGUGCAUUUAAUCCUCGGAAGCUCACAAGGGACAGGCAGAUGCCGGUGCAGGUUUAAGCCGAGGUGGAAAAACGCUAUCUCUAUCAUGAGUGUGAACUAUGCCUCCGCGGCGCCCACGCAGAGAUCCACGUCGUUUUUCAUUGAGGAUAUUCUGUUGCACAAACCCAAGCCACUGAGAGAGGUUAUUCCCGCGCCCUUCUGCAGCUCCCUGACUUCCAGAAUGCCCAUCCUGGAGUAUGGAUAUCCUCUGAUUCCGACGCCAAUCCUGGCUCCACAUCCUCACCCACUCCACAAGCCGGAGCAUCACCAGUACUUUUUCACACCUGGGAUCCAGAUGCCGGCUCUUUUCCAGCACCACGCAGAGUUGCCAGGCAAACACUGCCGGCGCAGGAAGGCCCGGACCGUGUUUUCCGACUCUCAGCUGUCCGGACUAGAGAAGCGCUUCGAGAUCCAGCGGUACCUGUCCACACCGGAGAGAGUGGAGCUGGCCACGGCGCUCAGCCUCUCCGAGACACAGGUAAAGACGUGGUUCCAGAACAGGCGGAUGAAGCACAAGAAACAGCUGAGGAAAGCGCAGGAUGAGCGCAAAACUCCCGCAGAGAUGGAGCGCUGCGCAGAGAACUCCAGCGCAGAGAGCGACCUGAACGAGAAGAGCGCGGAGGAGCUGAGACACGGCCUGGAAGCGGACUCAUACAUGCUGGAGGAAAACGACGACGACGUGGACAUCGAGGACGACAUUUGCUCCACAGAUCAUCUACUAUAGAAGCGGUUUUGUAAGCGUCGGCCUCAACCAAUAAAACGCAGGCUCUGACUUUUCUCCUCAGAAACACGCGAGUUCAGUAUGAGCUUAUUAUUAUUAUUAUUAUUAUUAUUAUUAUUAUUAUUAUUAUUAUUUUACCGUACAAAGUCUAAACCUGUUAAAUUCGUGUUAUUUUGUAUUUGUGUAAAUUCCUGUACAUAAGUCUAGCUCUUUGUACUAUAAACGUAUUGUGCUCCGCCCGUCUCAUACAUCUGCUCUGUCAUUCCCCCCAAAAGAUCUGUUUUUCUUUUUUCAUCCGUUUAAAUGUUAUUUGCAAUUUGUUCACAUUAAUGGAAAAUGUCUGUAAAUAUAUACAUACAUAACCAAAAUGUAUUGAAACAGCACUGAACUCGCUUUAUUCGGCUGUUUUUUGUUUCCAGUGGGAAAUCUCGGUUUUUAUAUUUAGUCUAUGCCGUUUGUUGCCGCUUGUGAUUUAAGCGCCAGUGUCUGAGGCAACAAAUCCCGCAGAACCUCAGCAGCAACAGACAGAUUAAAAAAAUUCGAAUAUCACAAUUUUUUUUUUAUUAUUUAAACCAUCUGUGGACUAUAAUGUUCGUUCAUUUUCACACUAAACACAAUUACAGCGGUUUUUAUUAGCAGUCCUCUUUAGUUCAGUGAUCUUCAGCAGAGGGCUGCCAACUCCGCUUUACUGGGGUUUUUCAGGUUAGUUUUUUUUAAAUUAUUAUUUAUUAUAGACGUGUUUGGAUCGAAUUAAAAUGAAUUGAAUUUGAAUCUGUCCAUAUGAUUGGAUUGAUUAUAUAAUUCUCUAUAUGAAUUGGAUCGUUUGUUUUGUAAAGUGCGUCGAGACAUCAGUUGUAAAUCGGCGCAAGAACAGAUAUAUUGAAUUGACUUAAAAUCAAUUUUUAACCGCAGAAAAACAGAACAGCAUUGUUGGACACUUUUAUUUUAAUUAUCAUUUUUACUCUUGGAUCACUGUAUGUAAGACGCAUUAACUUUCUGUAGAAAACACACAAAGAGGCAAUAAAAAGCAGUUUUUUAGAGCUCAAGGCUUUAGUGAUACAUUUAUUAAUUCUUAGAGAAAAGAUAAAGUUAAAAAAAAAUUGGCGACAGAUUUUUGGUUUAAUUCUCAUGAAUCCAGCAGUACAAGCAAAACUUUGUAAAUCCAUGUAAACUACCUACCUGUCAUGAUGGCAACUGAUAUGUCGGGACCAGAAAGAUUCGGAUCUCACACAGUAUUUUCAGUUUAAAUCUGCACAUUUUAUCCAUGUUGUUUAUUUAAUAAAAAUGUUAUAUUCCUUGCACCUUACUCUUAAUCAGCUGGUACCAGUUCACUUCUGCAAAUGUUAGUACUAAUUCACUGAUGCAAAUUACUUACAAAGGUAUGUGUUUUAUUGACGGACUAAAUGAAGGCAUUUUAUGGG